AUGUCUCCUCCUCGAUCACCAUCGGCGCUGCCGGCGCCCAGCUACCACCACGACACCAAGCCCGAGCCCGACGUGGCGCUAGCGCUGGCGAUCGAGCUGCUUGGAGCGCACCAGCAGGCGACCGACGCCACCGUGGAGGCGUUGGCAGAUACGGUUAACCGAUUACAGGUGGCGUGGGACUGCUCUCGGGACCUACAGAGCGAAGCAGCUACCCCUCUGGUGACAGCUACCUGGAGCCACGUUGAAGACGUUAAUGGCGAUAAUGAAGCAAACGAAGCGGGGACGGUGGUCAGUGACGUCUUGUGUGAGUUUAUCCGCUUCCAUCUACCAGUAAAUGGUCAAGUACGCCACUGGAAACAGUUCAUUGAAGCCGUAUCGGGGAGGGCAACUGAAAUAGGGGUACCGCCACGGAAAGUUAACGGGUCCAUGAAUACCAUGGUGCUGAUCCCGUUAUUUGAACAACUACAGAUCCACCAUACUUUCAGUGGGGAUGACUAUAAUGAUGAUUUUGAUUCCCUCCAAAAGAAACUUGAUGAGCGGUUGGCUGGUGACCAUGACAAAUUCAGGCAAGCGUACCAUCAUGCGGCACUAAAAGAUGCUAGCUGCUGGCCUCGGUUUACCCAGUUUGUGUCCACAUUGCCGCAGACCCUCCCCUAUGAGUAUACUCUGGAAGACUGGUACGCUAUGACACAGGUGCUACUUCCUUACGAGCAAUGGCCACCAAGUUUCCGCCGCCACUACGAGUAUGAAAUACUUUUGUAUAUGACCGUUAUGUUUAAAAGAAAUUGGAGCCUCCAAAGCCAUGAGGUCAUCACGAUGCUUGAAAAGUUUACCAAGCCCCUACCGGAGAGGAAACGGUCAUCUAAACGAUCACCCAGAGAUUGA